AUGUGCACCGGAAUCUGUUGGCUGUACGUGUGCCGGGGGUGCGGGACGGGCCUGCUUAAGGACCCGCACGUCGCGGGGCACACGUGCCGGAUGGCGCGGCAGAACGGGCGGCGCGGGCGGUGCCGGACGGGGAUAGAAUACCGGGGGCCGAUCGCGACUGCUGCUACUACUACUGGUGCGGGUGCGGCGAAGCCUGCCGGCGGCGGCGAGUCCUUCUACCGCAAGGUGGCGAACGAGCUGUGCGUGCUGUGCGAGCUGGGGCCCGAGAUCGUGAUGCUGGACGCGACGACGUGCGCCGAGGCGGAGCGGGAGGGGCGGCUGUUUGGGGGCGCGGGGUGGGACUCGGGGCACGCGUCGGCCGGCCUGGGCGAGGGCGAGGGGAGCGGCAGCGAGAGCCCGUGCCCGACCGACUGCGAGUGCUGCGACGGAGACGACGAAGGAGAAGAAGAGCAGACGGAGACGGACGGGGAGGACGCGAGCACAGCCGAGGACAAGGACGACGACGACGACGACGACGACGACGAAGAGGGCGGAGCUCUGCUGAGCAAUGGCGACCGAGAGGACGGCGGCGCCACGCGAGAUGCCGCGAAGCGGUCGACUAGGUAUGUCAUGGCCCCGUCGCGUAUCUGGUAG